AUGGCUGACUCGGGGCCAAGUAAAAACGAUAUUGAAGCAAUAUUCCAGAGAUUACGUUCUAUUCCGGCGAAUAAAGUAUGUUUCGACUGCAACGCGAAGAAUCCUACGUGGUCGUCUGUGACGUACGGUGUGUUCAUCUGCCUGGACUGUUCGGCGGUGCACCGCAGCCUCGGCGUACACCUCACAUUCGUGCGAUCCACGCAACUUGACACCAACUGGACAUGGAAGCAGCUCCGAAACAUGCAGCUUGGCGGGAACGUCAACGCGACUCAGUUUUUCCGUACGCAUGGCUUGGUGACAGAUGAUGCCCGACAAAAAUACAGUUCCAGAGUGGCUCAGAUGUAUCGUGACAAGUUAAAUUUACUGUCUGAGCAGGCUAUGAAGACAUAUGGAACAAAGCUGCACCUGGAUGCUGCGCCGGCCGAGGUGAAGGAGCAGAGCAAGGAGGCCGAGGUAGACUGGUUCGCGGAGAACAUUGCCACUAACACUAGCGAGCUUGCCACCACUGCACAGGUGUCCAAACCGGACAACGAGUUGAGCUCCGAGGCGCGCCUGUGGGGCUCCAGCAGCGCCGCGGGGGACGCGCCCCGCGCCUCCACUAUCGGCGCCAGGAAAACGCCCGCCAAGCGCUCCGGGCUGGGCGCUCGCAAGGGGGGGCUGGGCGCUACCAAGGUGGCGGCCAACUUUGACGACAUCGAGCGGGAGGCCAUCAUGGCUGAGAAACUCAAAAUAGAGACGAAGGCGACGGAGAGCUCGGCGACCAUAGAGAACGUGGAGCAGGAGGUGGCGUCGCUGCGGCUGGCCUACCGCGAGCCCAGCGCGCGCGCCAACUCCGACCGCCUCGGCAUCGCCGCCGCCAGCCGCGCCGGACGAGCAGCGGGUGUGACGCACUCGGCCACGUCGGACAUGACGGUGAUCGAGCACGACGACGCGCCCACGCGCACGCCCAUCGACGACAUCGACGACUUCAGCUCCGCCUUCACCAUGAUCAGAAACGAGCCGUACAGCAACAGCCGCGGCCUGGACAAGCUGUUCGGCGAGGGCGAGUCGCGCUCCAAGCUGUCCUCGUCGGCGUCGCUGGACGGCGUGCACAGCAUCGAGCCGGAGCCCGCGCGCGCCGUGCACACCAUGUUCUCUCCCGCCACCACCACCAGCACCACCGGCACCACCAGCACCGGCGCUGGACGCUCGCGCCCGCGCCGAGCUGAGACCGUGGACGACGACUCGGCCGUCAAGAAGUUCGGCUCCGCCAAGGCCAUCAGCUCCGCACAGUUCUUCGGUGAACAGGAGUCGCGGUGGGAGCGCGAGGGCAACCUGUCGCGGUUCCAGGGCAGCAGCAGCAUCUCGUCGGCCGAGUACUUCGGCAGCGACGCCCGCCCGCCCGCCUUCAGCGUCUCCGCGCCAGACCUCGACGAUGUGCGCGAGUCGGUCCGCGCGGGCGUGACGCGCGUGGCGGGGCGGCUGUCGUCGCUGGCCAACGGCGUCGUCUCCUCCAUACAGGAGAAGUACGGCUACUGA